AUGGAUGGAGAGGAGAAAACUUAUGGUGGCUGUGAAGGCCCGGAUGCCAUGUAUAUCAAACCGAUAUCUUCUUAUGGCCAUGAAUUUAUUGUAAAAAGAGAACAUGCACUAACAUCAGGAACAAUAAAAGCCAUGUUGAGUGGCCCAGGUCAGUUUGCUGAGAAUGGAACCAAUGAGGUCAAUUUUAGAGAGAUCCCAUCACAUGUGUUAUCAAAAGUAUGCAUGUAUUUUACCUACAAGGUUCACUGCACUAACAGCUCCACUGAGUUUCCCGAAUUCCCAGUUGCACCUGAAAUUGCACUGGAACUGCUGAUGGCCACCAACUUCUUAGAUUGUUAA